UCAUGUCGGCAUCACAAGUGACGUCAUGAGCAUGCGCAAUUGUCCAGCGCCAUCUUUGUGACUCUUUGUGACUUGUUUACGUUUUGUGUGUGUCCACGUGCGCUUUAACUGGAGUUCUUGUAUUGUUUUUUUCGUCGCGAAUAUCACUAUGGUUAUUUGUUGUGUAAUUGGGUGUAAUGCUAGUUCACUCAAGAACAAAGGAACCUCAUUUUUUAAAAUUCCCGGCAUUAUUUCUCAUCAAGGAUCCCAAACUGAAGAGCUUUCACGACGAAGACAAUCUGCAUGGCUCUCGAGAAUUAACCGGAAAAAUUUCAAUACGGAUAAAGUGAAUAUCAAUACAAGAGUUUGUCAGAAACAUUUCAUUAAAGGAAAACCUUCCUCAUUGUAUGAUGAGUCAUCACCAGACUGGGUGCCAACAUUAUACAUGGGGUAUGAGAGUGACCACAACUUAACUGCAAAUCAGGAGCGUUAUGAAAGAGCACGUAAUCGCAAGAUACAACGAGUGGCCUUAGAAGCUGAAACUCCUAAGGCAGCUGAAGCUUGCACCCAACCUCCUACUGUUAAAGAUGCAGAGAUCUCAACAACUGCAGAAAUGCAAGAAGCAGAGCCUUUAAAAUCUAAUGCAUGGGUACAAACUACAUCUUUAGUUGAAACUGUCACUUGUCAGACUGAAUUUAAAGCUAAAGAUAUAGAAAGCUUGCAAUUUGAGUGUGCAAACUUGAAAACUGAAGUAUUAUUAUUAAAAAAAACAUAUGUUCUUAAUGAAGAGUUUUUUGAAGGUGAUGACAACAAGGUUCAUUUUUUUAGUGGACUGAGCAAUUUUAAAUUGCUAUCAUUGAUACUGAACCUUUGUCGUAAACAGAUUGAUCAUCCAAAUUCCAGAAAAUUAACUCCUUUUCAAGAGAUGAUAGUAUGUUUGAUGAGACUUCGCUUAAAUUUAAGUCUGGAAGAUUUGGCUUACAGAUUUAAUAUUUCAAAAGCAACAAUAUGCCGAAUCUUUGACAAGUGGCUGCACAUUUUAUACAUCAGGUUAAGCAGAUUGAUUGUUUGGCCUGAGAGAGAUGUGCUGCAAAAAACUAUGCCCAAAGAAUUUAAAAAAACUAUUGGCAAUAAGAUUGCAGUAAUAAUAGACUGUUUUGAGCUUUUUAUUGAACGGCCUUCGUCAUUAGAUGCUCGCUAUUUGACAUGGUCCCAGUAUAAGCACCAUAACACAGUAAAGUUUUUAAUAGGUGUUACUCCUCAAGGAUCUGUGUCUUUUAUAUCAGAACCUUGGGGAGGAAGGGUUAGUGACAAACACCUAACCGAACAUUCUGGGUUGCUUAAAUAUUUACUGCCUGGAGAUUUAGUGCUAGCAGACAGAGGUUUUAACAUUACAGAUAGUAUUGGAAUUACUGGAGCACAGCUAGCAGUUCCUGCAUUUACCAGAGGUAAACAACAACUCUCUGCAUUGGAAGUAGCAGAAAGCAGAAAGAUGUCUCAUUUGAGAAUCCAUGUGGAGCGAGUAAUCGGUCGCAUUAAAAAUAAUUUUAAAAUUCUAGAGUCAACAUUGCCAAUUGAGCAUGUGACACUAAAGGGACAUGACAGUGUCACAUCAAUAGAAAAGAUUGUACAUGUUAGUUGUGCUUUAAUAAAUUUAUGUAAUAGUGUUGUGCCAUUUGAAUAAAAUCAAGUUUACACUGUGUAAUGUUUUAAUAAAUCUUUAUUUACAAUUUCAGUCUAUUGUUUUGAAUACCAACGUGCUGUCAGUUCUGGUAAUAUACAUAAUUUGAAAAAAUUUCUUGCUUUUUCAAUGAUGCUA